CAAGAGUCGGAUGCUUAACCAGCUGAACCACCCAGGCACCCCCUGAUUAAGACAGUAUUAUUGUAUAUACCAACAAGGUUGAAAGUGGUUGUAGGAGUGAUGAUUUCAAUUUUCUUCUUACAGUUUAGAAAGAAUAUUUAGACAUUUCUGUGGUGGAGUACCUAUCCUUUUAACAAUCAGAGUGGUAACAGUGAAGCUCUUUUUAAGGGAGGAGGUGGAGGGAAGAAGAUUGGAACAGAGGCCUUGGUUUUAGGGGCCCUAGGUCUGCCAUACCUUGUGGCCCUGCUCAGGGGGCCUGAAAGUAAGUGGAACCUGAGGGUUGGCUCUGUUGGGAUCUGCCACACUUGGGGUCCCCUCCUACCAAACUCUGGAUGCAGUCUUCAUGGCAUCAUGAAGUUUUGUGCCACCAUCACUGGCGAGGACUUUAUAGAGCUCUUUAUUCAUAUCAGUGGCACCAUAUCAAAGCUAGUGAGAGUCUUUGUGCUCCACAUGUUCUAAGACAGCCUGUGCUUUAGGCCUGAUGACUCCAGGGUCAUCUGCGAUGCCAGAGUGUGGUAUGAGGUGAGGCAGGGAGACUUCUUCCACCAUUUUCAUGUGGAAGAUGUUUCAGAAAAGUUAAAGGAGAUUUAUUUAGAGCUGACAUCUGAGCAUUUGUUUGGAAUAGCAAGGAGCAAAGGGAAUGCCUCUACCUUGAAGCCCCAGUUGACCAACAAGUGGCGUCCCCACCUCACUGUGUCUGUGGAGCUGCCAUUGCCCACAGGUUGAACUCCUGUGGUGGUACUUGAUCCAUUUGAUGGGCCUUUAAGGGUACUUCCCCCAAGGGCAUGGGAAGAUUUCCCGGAGCCUGGUAUGAAAGCCUGUGAUGUUAGUGUUUAUCUUCUGGCUUUGAAGACAAGAGCAGUGUAGAAAGGAUAGCACUUGGGCAAUCAAGUGCUGGUUGAAACAAAUCUAAGUGGCAAAAUGAACUUCAGUGUAGAAAUUGAAGUUUUUUGUUUUUUGUUUUUUGGAAAUCUUCCAAAAUCUGCUCAGGAUAUGCCUCAAGACAGAAACCUGGAGAACAUGGUGCAAGUGCUAGUAGAGAGUAGGAAGCUUCUGCAGUUUUUCAAGGGACAGCAAAUAAAUCCUGUAACAGUCUUAUGCAAUGUUUUGAGUAAUACUCUUCUUCAUCUUGUUCUGGUUCGUGAAGAUGUCUCUCUUCAGUAUUUCAUUCCUGCCUCAGAAAAAUUCAAGCAGCCUGUAUAUACAUAUAUAUUUUAA